CACUCAAUUAACUUCCGUUCACAUCCAUGCAUUGGUUCUCUUCAGAUCUAUAAAUGGGCAUCAAAAUUGCACUUAUAUCUCAUUCAAUCUUGAUCUAAUUUGAAAGAGUAGUCAUCCUAGUACUGAGCGAAAUGGGUUCCAAAAAAACAGUCUUCCUAGGCCUUUUGUUGGCUACUGUUCUCCUCAUUACCUCGGAGGUGACGGCAAGGGAUUUAGCUGAGGCUUCCAAGGACACCACUGCUGAACAGACAAAUGGAGUUGAGGAUGCCAAGUAUGGUGGUGGAGGGUACCCAGGAGGCGGAUAUGGAGGAAACCGAGGCGGCGGAUAUGGAGGCGGCCCUGGCGGGGGUGGCGGGUAUGGUGGAGGCCCUGGUGGUGGAUAUCCAGGUGGUGGCGGAGGAGGAUUCGGUGGAGGCCCAGGUGGGGGUUAUGGAGGCGGCCCAGGCGGGGGUUAUGGAGGCGGUCCAGGCGGGGGAUAUGGAGGCGGCCCAGGUGGGGGUUAUGGAGGCGGUCCAGGCGGGGGAUAUGGAGGAGGCCCAGGAGGUGGAAAUCGUGGUGGCCGUGGUGGUGGGCCUGGAGGAUGGAACUAAUAAAACCAUGUCUCCCGUGGUGGUGGGCCUGGUGGUGGUCAUGGAGGAUGGAACUAAUAAAGCCAUGUCUCAGAGCCGAUGUACCCUAAAAGCCCAACUAUGACAUUUGUGCAAUAAAAAAUUCUGAAAAAAGUGUUUAGAUAUCUCUGCCACCUCUAAAAACUACAACUAUAUGUUUGCAUUGGAUUGAUUUGUGGGUUGAUUUUUGGAUUGAGUGUUCUAAUAUUUCU